UUUCUUUCCCAAGAAAGAUCAUCGUCUUCUCCUUUUCCUUCUCCUUCAUUGUAGUCCUCAUAGCCGCCAUCAAUAUCUUCUUCUUCUUCAUUCUCUGGUUAUUCUUCUUAAAACCAUGGAAUUGGAAUUGGAGAAGUCCAUCAUCAUGAAGCAAACUAGUACUGUCAGAUCAGCUUCAAAGCAAAUGAUCAGCAGCACAGCGUCAUCAUCAUCACCUCAUCAGUCGACAGACAGUAAUUCUAAAUCUAGUUCUAGUUCUAAUCAUUAUCAUUAUUCAUGCUAUGAUCUUAGCAGUAAUCGUUACGAAUCAUUCAGAAAGCUUGAGACUUAUUUGCCAAAAAGUGACUCUGCAGAGCUUAAACUAUCUUGGCUUCGUUCUCAAAUCAUUGGUGGAGAUGAAGAAUUUGAUUCUGUCUUUGGGAAACGAAGACUUACAUAUGCUGACCACACUGCCUCUGGCAGAUCUCUGCACUAUAUUGAGCGCUUCAUCAUCAAAAGUGUUCUUCCCUUUUAUGGGAAUACUCACACAUGUGACAGUCACGUGGGACAGAGGAUGACAAAAAUGGUGCAUGAAGCAAUCCAAUACAUAAAGAAAUGCUUAGGGGGAGGCAAAGACGAUGCACUUUUGUUCUGCGGCUCCGGUUCGACUGCAGCCAUUAAAAGGCUCCAAGAGGUAAUGGGAAUUGCGGUGCCUUCGGUUUUACGUGAAAGGGUGAUACAGAGCUUAAGCAGUGAAGAAAGAUGGGUGGUUUUUGUUGGACCUUAUGAGCAUCACUCCAACCUCCUUUCAUGGCGGCAAAGCUUAGCUGAAGUAGUAGAGAUUGGCCUUGACGACAAUGGCUUGUUAGACAUGGAGGCUCUCCGAGUAGAGCUUGAGAAGUAUAAAGAUUCAAAUAGACCUCUUUUAGGUUCUUUCUCGGCUUGUAGUAAUGUUACUGGGACAUACUCAGAUACUAGAGGAAUUGCCCGACUUCUUCACCAAUAUGGAGGGUUUGCCUGCUUUGAUUUCGCCGCAAGUGGUCCGUACGUGGAGAUCGACUUGCGAUCAGGGAUGAUUGACGGAUAUGAUGCCAUCUAUCUUAGUCCUCAUAAAUUUCUUGGUGGACCAGGGACCCCAGGAAUCCUGUUGAUGAGCAAGGCUCUUUAUUUGCUCAGAUCUUCUCCUCCAUCAACAUGUGGUGGUGGGACUGUCGACUAUGUCAAUGGAUUAAGCGAAAAGGACACAUUAUAUUUGGAAGACAUUGAAGAAAGGGAAAAUGGUGGUACUCCUCAAAUAAUUCAAACAAUUAGAGCAGCAUUGGCCUUUUGGGUUAAAGAAUACAUUGGUUACGAAAUGAUAAUGAGUAGAGAGCAUAUCUAUGCAGAAAAGGCACUCGAGAGGCUUCUCCGAAAUAAAAACAUUCGAGUUUUGGGAAAUACAAGUUCUGAAAGACAUGCUAUUAUUUCAUUUCUAAUUUAUUCUACCACCAACAUUUCUUCUAAUUCACUGACAGAUGAAUUGAAAAAUGGGUUUGAUAGUGAAAGUAUAGGACAGAAGCUGAGCAAGAAAGACGGGCUUUUCAUGUGGGCAGAGACAGGCAGUAAUAGAGACAAGCCUCUUCAUGGACAGUUUGUUGCAGCCCUUCUCAAUGACCUGUUUGGCAUUCAGGCUCGUGGUGGUUGUGCUUGUGCUGGACCUUAUGGUCAUUGUUUGCUCAACAUUGAUAUAAAUCAUUCACAUGCCUAUAGAUCUGCAAUUCUAAAGGGCUACAAAGGAGUAAAACCAGGAUGGACGAGAAUCAGCUUUCCCUACUAUAUGUCGAAUGACGAAUUCGAUUUCAUCUUAACUGCAUUGGAAUUCAUAGCAAUUUAUGGACAAAGAUUUCUUCCUUUGUAUCACUUCGAUUUGAGAAAUGGAAGCUGGACUUACAAGAGGGCGGCAGUGAAAGACCUAAUAAUCAGAAACAACAAUUGCAAUGCUGACGUUUUGCAUUUAGCAAAUGGCGUGGUGGAAUUGAAAACAGAGAAUGAAGAAUCCAGCAAAAUCAAUACAGAGGAUAAAAAUACAAGUCUAGUCAAUAAGUUUGCACCGUAUUUGGAAUCUGCUCUUCAGAUUGCUUACCUCCUACCCAAGUUUCCUUCGCAGCGCAGGCUUCAGGAGGAUGAAGAUCUUAACUUCUUGCAUUACAAAGUCUAAACUCCUUUUAUAUAUAUAUAUAUAUAUAUAUAUAUAUAUAUAUUUUUUUUUUCCCAAAUAAAUUGCUAAACUACUCAGUAUAUUUUUGUUUCUCUUUUCAAAGAUACAGAAACAUUUUUUUUUAUUAACACAAUGUAUAUCAUAUUCAUUUGUUAGUUGUAAAAUAAUAUCCAACAUUAAAUUUUAUUUUUAUUAUUAUUAUUAUUAUUAUAUAUAUGUAUA